CUUGUAAAACUGAUUUAUAUAUAUGUAUGUACAUUUUUAUUUAGAUUUGUGAUGGUCACAUGAAAAUUCGAGCGGUCGAUGCAUGCUAUCCCGGCUCUAGCCAUGACUCAUUCGUAUGGAACGUUAGUAGCGCCAGACAAUAUUUCCUCAAGAAGUAUGAGUCAGUUGACCGGACAUCAAAGUUGUUAGGAGAUUGUGGAUAUGGCAUAGAACCUUUUUUAUUAACACCAUACAGAGAUCCACGCUACAACUCCAAAGAAUAUAAGUUCAAUUUGGCCCAUUCAUCGCUCGAAAUAUUGUGGACAAUAGGAGUGCUGAAAAGCCGAUUUCGCUGCUUAUUGAUCACCUUGCACUAUCGGCCAGAAAAAGUGGUGAAAAUUAUAAAUGUUUGCUGUGCGCUGCACAAUAUCUGCAGAGACUACAACGUGGAAUAUAACGACGACAGUAUUACUUUACCAUCAAAUGAUACUGAUGAAAAUGUUGAAUCUCCACCGAACGCAACACUGAAAAGUGAAGACGUGGACGGAGUAGAAAAGUGACAUAAAAAGAAAGCUCGCACAAAACAAAAGCGAGUCUCGAGCGACUGGUGGAGGACCCUUUUCUAAGCACCAACUAACGCAAACGGAAGAGACAAUAGUGCGCAUAUGUGGCAUUGCACAGUCUGUGGUUGGUGUGGCUGGCAAUGCAGUUGGCCUCAGCGAAGAUUUAGUUUGUGCAAGUGAGGAUGAAAUGCCAUCAACAUCAUCGAAGCGGCCAAUGUCUCCAGUCAGCAGCACUCCUAAAAGACAAAGGACAGAUAGUACUGGGAAGCGUUUGAAACAAUUUCUCGAUGAAGACAACGAGAGAAAGCUCGAAAUAAAUGAAAAAUUGAACGAGCUAAUUAAGAUUGAAAAAGAAAACGACAGUAGCCUCAGACGAGUGUAUAGAGCCAUAAAAAAAGCAACGAAUCUGGCACGAAUGCAGUAACUGAGCUCAAGGAUGAAUUUGUCCGUAUUAAUACAGGUGUUUUGCGAGCGAUACAGGAAAAAAACGAAAUAAAAGAAAAGCAACUCGAGCUCGAACUCCUAAAGUUUGAUUACGAAAAACAGAAAGAAAAGUAAUUUCCCUUU